AAAUUUGAGCUCUAUUAUAAGAAAGGAGACAUAGUAGUGGAUAAGUUACGGGCGCCUCCGUCCUUUUUACGGGCGCUUCUCGAAGGGGAUAAUUCGCGAGCCCAUAGCUUUCGUCAAAAUAUAAGGGUAUAUAACUCUGUACUUGCUUUUACGUCCGUAAGCUAUACCAAAGACAUAUGUACUAACCUCUCUUGCGGUCUUUACUGCUUUCAGAUCUAUAGGGAGCUAUUUUAUUACCAGGGACCCUUAGAGCCAGGCUCGCAGCAGGUUCCGGCCUUUGCCCAGUUAUUUUUUUACGAUUCAGACUAUGUAACUAAUCUCCGGUUAUGGCACUGCCCGUAA